AUGGCUGACUCUAACGAGCCGUAUGUGGUGGUGGGAAGCCAGUACUGCCUCCCGGAAGAGUCGGUGCUUAUACUGAAGGAAAAGAUGUGGUCGCUGCGUGAGAAGGCCGAGAUUCGCGACGGUCAAGGUCAACUAGUCUUUAGGACUGAGGACAAGGCAUGGGACAUCAAAGAGCGGAAGACCAUUUUCAACGCGCAGGACGAGCCGGUUUGCUCCAUGGUCAGCAAGGUCUUCUCUCUCAGCCACACCACGUACCUCUGCCCUGGCGAAGACCCGGAACCCGACAACGCGCUUCUCACCGCCAAGAGCGUCGUGCUGACCUGGUCACCCAUUCUCAAUGUUUUCCUGAAAGGGAACACGUCGGAUGAUUCACCUGACAUUAUUCUGAAGGGCAAUUUCGUUCAGUACGAUUUUACUAUUACCACUUCCAGCGGCCGUCUUUUGGCUACGGUGGACCGCAAGCUCCAGCUCAAGGACAUUUUCUUGGCAACUCAGACAUACGCAGUGCACAUCAAGCCCAAUGUAGACAGGGCUCUUAUUAUGGGCCUUGUUGCCAUUGCUGACAAUAUCUAUGUCAACAGAGAAGACGACAACACCACGCCGGUCGUAGCCACUGGCGCGCCUGUCGCUUCUAUCGCCACUGGAACGCCUGCCGUCAAUCUUGUCGCCAAUCCCGUCGCCAAUGUCCCCAUCCCGUCUCCCGCGCCAAGCGCUGGGCCGACAGAACCAUAUGUGGUGGUAGGCCUUCAGUACUGCCUCCCAUACGAAACCGUUCUUAUAUUGAAGGAGAAGAUGUGGUCGCUGCACGGCAAAGCAGACGUAUACGACACGCAGGGCCGGCUCUUUUUCAAGACAAAGGACAAGGCGUUCUCUUGGCGCGGUCGCAAGACGAUAUUCAACGCGCAGGACGAGCCGGUAUGCUCGCUGACCAGCAAGGCUUUCACCCUGCACGAUGAGACCUACCUGUGCCCGGGCGACAGCGUGGAUAAACGGGACGCGCUCCUUACAGCCAGAAGCAAGUUCUUUUCCUGGAAGCCCAUACUCAAUAUCUUUCUGAAAGGGAAUUCCGCUGACAACAAGCCAGACAUCGUUCUCAAAGGCGACUUUUUCCAACACGAGUUCACUAUCACCACAAGCAGCGGGCUUCUGCUGGCGCAGGUGGAGAGGGACAUUUGGUCUGCCAGGGAUUUUCUGAGCACACACACUUAUGCUGUGCGCAUCAAGCCACACGUCGACAUGGCUCUGAUUUUAGCGCUUGUUGCUAUGGCGGACACAAUAUUUGUUAAUAAGGAGGAUGAUGAUCAUGACUAG